GAUACUGGCAGCGCUGAUCCCGCAGCCGGUCAUGUUUCCUCCCGGAACUCAGCGGGCAUAAAUCAAACCACCGAAGGCUUCGUCGUAGGCCACGGCCGUGCACCAGAUGCGGCAGCCCGUCGCUUUGUAGACGCCUACUUCCGGAACGUGGAUAGGGCAUACCCAUUUGUCGACCGGGCCGAGAUCCUCGAGAAUCUUGAGACUAUGGGCGAUUUCGCUGAGAAGCUUCGAGACUCUCAGUCUACUUUGCUAUAUCUGAUCAUGUACAUUGGCUGCACCACCCUCGAGCGAGCCAGCCAGAUCCCCAGGGAGACGAGAAAACAUUUCGAGGUGGCCUAUGCCGAGAUCAUCCAGGAGUGUGUGUGUCGAAACAGCAUCGAAUCUGUCCAGAUUUUGAUGCUACUAGCGCUUUACUCGCUGUUCGAUCCUGCAUGGACGUCUACAUAUUCCAUUGUCGGCAUUGCCGUGCGGCAGGCCAUCACGACAGGCCUCACACGUCGGCCGGCAGAUGACCACGCCCACUCACCAGCUGAAACCGAGCUACGCCAUGGACUUUCCUGGAGCGUCUUGGCCCUCCAUCGCAUGAUGGCUGUAUCUCAAGGUCUGCCCGUGGCAUUGACAGACGAUAAUGCCGAUGUGCCUCUUCCAGGCUUGACGGUUGACGAUUUUGCCAGCCCAGAGAGAGCAACGUACGCGCGGAAGCUGCAUUCAAGUCGACAUGUCAUCCAGCUACGACAGCUAGAGAGCCGCAUCUUAGACCAAAUUCAUUUCAAGAAAAAGGCCGAGAUCGCAAAGUUGACACCGUCAGAUAGGCGAGCAACGCUGAGUAGUAUGCGGGCGUCCAUUGAGGACUGGUACAGCAAGGGAUGCCUGAUGUCGCCCAUUGAGGCUGGUAACGCCACCGUACACAGCAGUAUUACAUUGCUCGGCGCUCGCUACUACUAUUUAUUGUUGCUGAUGUACUACCCGAACCACUUCAACAGCUCGGCAGGGAGUGUGUCACGGCAACAUCUACUGCAGUUGGCGCAGCGUCAUCUCCAAGCCAUAUCAGCGCUCUUCCAGCAGCGACAACUGCCCUUGAAUAGCGUCACGCCUCAUAGACUGAUGUCUGUAACUCUGGUGUUAAUGCACGACUUUAUGGCGACAUAUCGUCAAACACCCUGGCCCUCGCCGGCCAUGCUUCCCUUCCUAGCGAGAGAUGAGGUCGCGGUA